GGUCCCGCCCCGCGCCGCCAUUUUGUGAGUCUAUAUAACACGUAGCCGUUGAGUCCGCUCCUGCUGUUCCAGCGCGUCCCAACUCCGCUUCCCUUUCGGGUCGCCUUCGUGUGCCAUGGACGGCAUUGUCCAAGAUAUAACAGUUGGUACAAAGCGGGGAUCUGACGAACUUUUCUCUACUUGUGUCACUAACGGACCUUUUAUCAUGAGCAGCAACUCUGCUUCUGCAGGCAUGCUGCUAGGAUCACUACACAGGGUGCUUCUUGACAGCUGGGAACUGAAUGAUGCCUCUUUAUUCGGGGCCAAUGGAAACGACAGCAAGAAGUUCAAAGGUGACAGCAGAACUGCAGGAAUCCCGUCGCGAGUGAUCCACAUCCGCAAGCUGCCCAGUGACGUCACGGAAGCCGAAGUGAUUUCCUUGGGGCUGCCUUUUGGCAAGGUCACUAACCUACUGAUGUUGAAAGGGAAGAAUCAGGCUUUCAUAGAAAUGAACACGGAGGAAGCAGCUAACACCAUGGUUAGCUACUACACCACAGUAACUCCUGUCCUUCGGAGCCAGGCCAUCUACAUCCAGUUCUACCACAAAGAGCUGAAGACGGACAACUCUCCAAACCAGGCGCGCGCUCAGGCAGCCCUGCAAGCGGUGAACUCCGUGCAGUCCGGGAACCUCGCGCUGUCUGCCACCGCUGCAGCUGUGGAUGCUGGGAUGGCCAUGGCUGGGCAGAGCCCGGUCCUGAGGAUCAUUGUGGAAAACCUCUUUUAUCCCGUCACCCUGGAUGUCCUGCAUCAGAUUUUCUCCAAGUUUGGCACCGUGCUGAAAAUAAUCACCUUCACAAAGAACAACCAGUUCCAGGCGCUGUUGCAGUAUGCGGACCCGAUGAGCGCCCAGCACGCCAAAUUGUCUCUCGACGGACAAAACAUCUACAACGCUUGCUGCACACUCCGCAUUGACUUCUCAAAGCUCACCAGCCUCAACGUGAAGUACAACAACGACAAGAGCAGGGACUAUACCCGGCCAGAUCUGCCUUCUGGAGACAGCCAGCCCUCCCUCGACCAGACCAUGGCAGCUGCUUUCGGUGCUCCGGGGAUUAUUUCUGCCAAUCCUUACACAGGGGCCGGCUUCCCGCCCGCUUUUGCGAUUCCUCAAGCUGCAGGCCUCUCAGUCCCCAAUGUACACGGAGCUCUUGCUCCUUUGGGUAUCCCGUCAGCAGCGGCCGCAGCGGCAGCCGCAGGGCGGAUUUCGAUUCCCGGCCUUUCCGGGGCCGGGAACUCCGUCCUGCUGGUUAGCAAUUUGAACGCCGAGGUUAGUGGAAGCCUUGUAAUAAAAUCUUCUUCUGUCCAACUUUUUAAAUAUCUCAUAUAUAUA